GCGCCCACGAUCUCCACAAACACGUCGGCGAAGCGCCGAAUCGCGCACCCGUCAUCAGGGCAGCCGGCCCGACCUGACGUGAUCAACAUGCGAACCUCGGCGUCGGGUUAAUUGGGUUGUGGUGUUGAACAUCAUUAUAAAAGCAUGGAUUAGCCAGCCAACUCUCACGUCCAGCUCUCACGCCCGCCUCAUCCGCCUCGCCCGCCUCGCCCGCCUCAACCACCCACCAUGCGCUCCCUCGCCACCCUCGCGCUCCUCCCCGGCGCCCUCGCCGCCGCCCUCGACUUCUCCCACCUCUCCACCCGCGCCACAAACUCCUCGCUCACCGGCUACCUGGGCGUCUUCUUCCUCGGCGACGCACCCAACGUCUACUUCUACACCUCGACAGGCAACAACGCGCUGUCCAUGACCCCGCUCAACGCCGGCAACCCCGUCAUCGUCCCCACCCUCGGCUCCAAGGGCGUCCGCGACCCGUCCAUCAUCCCCACCCCGGCGGGCGACAAAUACUUCAUCAUCGGCACGGACCUGAACAUCGGGUCCACGACGUGGGACAUCGCGCAGCGCAACGGCUCGCGCUCCAUCUUCGUCUGGGAAUCCUCGGACCUAACCACCUGGUCCGCCGAGCGCCUGGUGUCCGUCGAAGACGCCUCCGCGGGCAUGGUAUGGGCCCCCAGCGCGAUCUGGGACCCAUCCGCGUCCGCGUUCCUCGUGCACUGGGCCUCCAAGUUCUACGCGGACACGGACCCGCAGCACGCCGGCGCGCCCACGCCAAUCCGCAUGCGCUACGCGCACACCACCGACUUCGUCUCCUUCACCGCGCCCCAGGACUACGCCGACAUGUCGCCGACCUCCAUCAUCGACCUCGAGUUCCUGCCCCUCGGCGGCGACCACUUCGCCCGCUUCCUCAAGGACGAGGACGCCAAGACCGUCUUCACCGAGGUCUCGACCACGGGGCUCUUUGGGCCCUGGACUAGGCCUGCGGGGCCCGAUGCCAUCAUCGAGAGCGGCGUCGAGGGGCCCGCGGUGUUCUGGGAUAACGAGGUCGAGGGCAAGGCGCAUUUGCUGCUGGAUUGGUAUGGUGCGGAUGGGUACCGGCCGUAUGAGAGCACGGAUGUGGAGGGGGGUGUUUGGGGGGUUAGUGAGCGGGGGGAGUGGCCGGCGGGGUUGAGGCAUGGGAGUGUGUUGCCGGUCACCGCACAGCAGGUCGAAGCGUUGACGGCGAAGUGGGCGUAGGGUGUGGAGGUAU